CAGCAGACGAAAAACCAUUUGAAAAAAAAGUAACAGGGACGUCCUUCAGAUAGUCCAACUCGCAAUUGAAUUCCGCUAAAUCAUUCCAAUUGCAUUGCUGUCGUUCAACGGUUGAAAGCAAUGGCUUUUCGUCCAGGAAAUCAUGAUCGUGCAUGGAACGACCCUCCCAUAUUUUCCUACCAGCAAGGGGCUUUGUCUGGCGACACCAAACCGGAGGAAAACGUGACUAGCAGUUCAAGGAAGACACCUCUAAAUAAAAGGAUUGCCUUCCCUCUGAGUGGUGGCAUAUCAAAACCUACAAUGACAGUGACAUCACCACCUAUUGGUCUUCCUCCCCCAUGUAUAACCUUACCAAUAUCAGCAUCAGCAAACCUGCCUGAAGUAUCAAAUGACCAAUCAAGCAAGUCUACCUUAGAGACGAGAGAACAGCUAGAUUUGAGCUUACAGAAGAUCUCUAACAUUCUACAUGAUUGCUUGAAAAGUUAUAUUGAAGCAGAAAAGCAAGAAGAUUUCAACAAACGCUUGCAGCAUUUGUAUACCAGCUGGAAAGAUGGGAAACUGAAUGCAGAUAUCCGUCAACGUUUGACAAUAAUCAGUGAGUCAUUAGAAUUAAAAGAUUUUGUCAAAGCGGAAAAUGUUCGAGUGGCAUUGGCAGUUGACUAUACAGCUGAUUGUGCCAGCUGGAUCAUGGUUAUUAAAAACAUUAUUACUAAAAUGGAAACAAAGCUGAGUGGUUUAUAAAUUGUAUGGUGUUUGUAUUACAUCUAAAUACGAAAGGGCGAAAACAGAAAAA